UUAUUCAAAGGAGGCGGGGUCCAGUUGCACUGACUGAGUGUUGCAGGGUAUCUGAGAAGCAGAUAUGCCCUUUUAAAAAGUUUGAGGAGACUCUCAGGAGAAGCCACUUCGGACUUUUACGCAUCGAGCGUCCAUGGAUGGAAAGGGGACCGAGAAGGCACCGACAGGAGCCAACAUGAGCAAUAGAUCCUUCCCUAUCUCUGACCCGAUAUGUCAAACGGAGGACGCUCCUUUCGCCAUGGAUGUCAUCCGCAGGUUUGGUGUCUUUGACUACAUCCUGUAUGGCAUCUUGACCUUCAUGGCAACAGUUUCUUUGCUGGUCUUCUUAGAGGAAUGUAUCUACAUCUAUAGGAAAGUACCUGCCAAUAAGAAGAGUCUCAUCAUUUGGGUGAAUGGAGCAGCACCGGCGAUUGGCACCAUGUCAUGUCUGGGGAUGUGGUUCCCCAGAGCUACCCUGUUUACUGAUAUGUUCUCUGGCUGUUACUUUGCCAUCGUGGUGUUCAAGUUCCUGAUCCUGAUGGUGGAAGAGUUGGGUGGCGACGAGGCGUUUCUGAAGCGUGCAGGAAAAUAUAAACUGAAGAUCAGCACGGGGCCUUGUUGCUGUUGCUGCUGUUGCCUGCCAGAGGUGGCCAUCACACGACGCUCUCUCUUCCUGCUCAAACUUGGCUCCAUCCAGUUUGCCGUCCUGAAGACUGCCUUCACCAUCUUUUCCAUUGUUCUCUACACCAACGACAACUACCAUGUGAAGGAUGUAAGUGCUACAGGAGAUGCAAUAUGGAUCAACUGUUUUGUAGGCGUCUUGACAAUCACAGGUUUGUGGCCUGUUGGCAUCACGUUUAUACACCUGAAGAACACCCUGCGAACAAUAAAGAUCGUCCCGAAAUACGCCAUGUAUCAGCUGCUCCUGAUUCUUACCCAGCUGCAGACAGCUAUUAUCAACAUCUUGGGCAUGAAUGGCAUCAUCGCCUGCUCUCCACCUUUCCCCUCAUCUAUCAGAGGAUACAUGAUGAGCCAGCAGCUGCUGAUCAUGGAGAUGUUCAUCAUGACUAUGGUGACACGGCUGCUCUAUAGACGACAGUACGAUCCUUUACCUGAAGAGCAGGAUGCCAAUGAAAACACCAGGAUGACUGACUUAACACAGUCUCCAUGAGAACUAAAUUGUGUUAAUGUGUGUGUGUGUGUGUGUGUGUGUGUGUGUGUGUGUGUG